AUGACCGUGGCCGAAGAGGCCCCAUCCCCAGGACAGGUCGCCCCCAAAUGGCGCGGCACCCGGGCCGACCAGGCCGAUAUGAGCGCUCUGGGGAAAGAACAGGUCCUACGGCGUAACUUCCGAUUCGUCUCCAUCGUAGGAUUUGGCUGCACGCUGAUCGCCACGUGGGAGGUUGUUUUAACUCUACUGGCGCAAGGUCUGACUGAUGGAGGAACGGCCGGUUUGAUCUGGGGUUUCCUUAUCGUCGCUGCUGGGUUCCUUCUAGUGUUCCUGAGUCUGGCCGAGAUGGCAUCCAUGGCUCCCACAUCUGGCGGACAGUACCAUUGGGUAUCCGAGUUUGCCCCUCCUAGCUGCCAGAAAUUCCUCAGCUACAUUACCGGCUGGCUGUGCGCUCUGGGCUGGCAAUGUGCUAUCGUGUCGAUCGCCUAUUUGGCUGGAACUAUUAUCCAAGGCCUGAUCGUCCUGAACAACCCUGACUACGACAUGCAGCGGUGGCACGGCACCCUACUGGUGAUCGCCAUCACCUUGUUUUCGAUCAUAUUCAAUACCUUCUUAGCCAAGCGACUACCCUUUGUAGAGGUGUUGAUUCUGAUCCUACAUGUGUGCGGCCUAUUUGCCAUCAUGAUUCCCCUGUGGGUGCUUGGCCCUCGCCGCAGCGCGAAGCAGGUAUUUACCGAAUUCAACAACGGCGGUGACUGGAACAGUGCUGGGACUGCCACACUCGUUGGAUUCUCAACCACCAUCACAGCGCUGAUUGGAUAUGAUUGUGCGGUGCACAUGUCGGAGGAGAUCAAAGAUGCGUCUGAGACUUUGCCAAAGGCGAUGAUCACCUCUGUCUGUGUCAACGCUGCCUCCGGUUUCGUGAUGCUGGUGACGGUCUGCUUCACUCUGGGCGACAUUGAUGAUAUCCUGGCCACUCCAACGGGGUACCCGUUCAUGCAGGUGUUCUACAACGCGACGGAGAGUCUCCCGGGAACCAACACCAUGACCGCCAUUCUGGUGCUGACUCUGACAGCGAGUACAAUCACAGAAGUAGCAACGGCUUCCCGCCAGUUGUGGUCUUUUGCGCGUGACCGCGGUCUUCCUUUCUCCGAUUUCUUCGGAUAUGUAAACCCCGGCUGGAACAUUCCCUUGAACGCCGUGAUGGUCUCAUUGGCAGUGACGGUGCUCUUGUCGCUCAUCAACAUCGGAUCUACCACCGCGCUUCUCGCCAUCGUGACCCUGACCAUCGGUGCAAUGAUGUCCUCGUAUAUUAUCACAAUUACCUGUCUGCUCCUCAAGCGUAUCAGAGGCGAGCCCCUCCCACCACACAGAUGGACGCUCGGCCGGUUCGGCAUGGCAAUCAACAUCGGGGCGCUGUGCUUCCUGUGCCCGGUGUUCGUGUUCGCCUUCUUCCCGCUAACCUCGACGGUGGAACCAGACACCAUGAACUGGUGCGCAGUGAUGUACGGUGGGAUUAUGAUCAUCGCGGUGGUGUACUAUGUGUUGCGGGGACGGCACCAUUACAUCCCACCCGUGGCGCUGGUGAACCGAGAGAUUUAA